AUGACAUUUUCUCAAAUAUCUGCAGACACCGAUACAACCUAUGAUCCUUUAUUGAGACGCUUUCGAGAUGAAAAUGGAAAGGAAUGGAAGCCGAGCCUUUCCAUACGAACCAAAAAUGUAAUUAAUGGGGUUGCUACGGAUCACAAGCUAUCAAAGGUUGCACCGAAUAGCCUUAGGUUCGAUGGAGCAUCAGAUAGUCCCAAGACUCCGAUGUCUUCUUCCUCCUCGACAUUACCUCGAUCCAAUAUUAAAACUAGGCCAUCCCUCUUAAACACGCUUCGGGCUCGAACAUCAGUCGACCCGACCCAGAAUAGAAAGUCUCUCAGCUCUUUGCAUUCUCCCGAUCGGUUUCUACCAGUUUUAAAAAAUUCCGACUCCGCAGCUCAGAGCUUUCGUGCUAAUAAAGAUCCUGGCACUCUCUCGCCAUAUGAAAGAUUAAUGAGACAUAGCAGUGCAAGCCUAGAUGCUUUCAAUCCACGUCGACGUGCAACAUCACCUAUUCCGCUUGCCUCUCGGCCAGAUUCCAGACGAAUCGUUUCCGCAAACCGUGGUAGAGGUAUAAAAUAUCCAACGGCAAUAACUGAUCCCUAUUUUAAUCCUUCUACAGGUGCUACUGCCCUUACCUUCCAGAGAAAUGCUCCAACGACACCCAACGGGGAGAGGCAGGUCAGUGUAGGAACCGUAUGGGCUGUCGGAGGAGUGGCGCCCGUGAGCGCUGGCAUUUCGGAUGGUCGCGGUGGUUUGUUAGGUAGUGGAACAAAUGCACCAUUGUAUACUACAUCCUUCUCCGCCUCGCGCCCAAAAGCACAGGAGGAUUUCGAAAAGCAUGAAGAUAGGUUGGCACAAGCAUUGGACAUUGAUCGCAUCCAACGUGUUUUUGAGUUUCGGGAUUCUUUAACAACGCCUCCGGCAACUCCCCUCGAUUCCAGGUCCAAGAAGCAUAAUUUUGAAACGAAGACGGCAUGGAAUGGAACAGAGUGGGUACUGGGUGGGCCAGAACAAAUUCUUGAUGCACCGAAUUUACGAGACGACUUUUAUUGCUCAGUUCUUGCAUACUCCGCAACAAGUCAUACACUGGCCGUUGGUUUGGGUUCAUUGCUUUAUGCAUGGUCCGAAAUGGCUGGGGUUCAUUUGCUUCAUGGCGGAACUUCAAAUGCUUCUUGGCUUACAUCUCUGGCAUUCUCGUCUACGCAAGGAGCUAAAUCUGAAGUAACACGUGAUGGCUGGUCUGGCUCUAUGACACUUAUUGCCCGAAUAUCCAUCCAUACCCAACAAAUAUGUGGUCUCUCCUUUUCAACCGAUGGUUCGUCAUUUGCAACUGGAGGGAACGAUAAUCUUUGUUGUCUUUUCCGUACAAACGAGGUCACCCGUCCGUCUCGUGAUCAGCUUGGUACCACAGAAGAAGUGUUUCUCGCCACAGCAGGAAUGCGUCGCAUCCACAGUGUAACCGGUCAGAAUCGUGUUAAAGAAAUCACCUCUGGCGCUGAAAAACAUCGUUGGAUUCAUGGAGCUGCUGUCAAAGCAAUUGCAUUUUGUCCCUGGAGAGAUGGUCUCAUCGCAACUGGCGGAGGUAGCAACGAUAAAUGCAUUCAUUUCUUUCAUACUUCAUCUGGAGCCUGUCUCGCGACCAUCAGCGUAGCAGCUCAAGUGACCUCACUUAUCUGGUCCACUACUCGCCGAGAGAUUGCGGCUACAUUUGGCUACGCGCAACCAGAACAUCCUUAUCGGAUUGCGGUUUUUAGCUGGCCGGAUUGUAAACAAGUGGCUGCUAUUCCAUGGGAAGGUGAACAUAGAGCAUUAUUCGCAAUACCAUACCCAGGUGGGCCAAAUGAAAGUCAUAGCAGUAGAGAAGGUGGAAGGGCUAUGAGUAGAACGGCUCAAGAGGGUUGUCUAGUAGUGGCCAGUAGUGAUGAGAGUGUCAAGUUUCAUGAGGUUUGGCCACCGUAG